AUGGUCCGAUAUGGAGCACUCAAGGGUCUCUACGAUUUGGAAAAGACUAUCGGAUGCGGAGGAUUUGCAAAAGUUAAACUCGCUACUCAUAUUGCCACCGGAGAGAAAGUUGCUGUAAAAAUUAUGGAAAAGACAGCGCUGGGCGAAGAUUUACCAAGAGUGAAACUAGAAGUGGAAGCAUUGAAAACUUUGUCUCAUCAACAUAUAUGUAGACUGUAUGAGGUCAUUGAAACAGAGACCCAUUAUUUUAUGGUAAUAGAAUAUUGCUCUGGUGGAGAGUUAUUCGAUCAUAUAGUGGAAAAAAAUAGACUCUCCGAAACAGAAUCUCGAAAAUUCUUUCGUCAAAUAGUAUCUGCUGUAGCAUAUUUGCAUGACUUAGGAUAUGCACACCGUGAUCUUAAGCCUGAAAAUGUUUUGCUUGAUAAAGAACAAAACUUGAAGUUAAUAGACUUUGGCCUCUGUGCCAAACCAAAGGGUGGAAUGCAAUCUCAUUUAUUUACUUCGUGUGGCUCACCAACAUACGCAGCUCCAGAACUUAUAUUGGGAAACAAAUAUUUAGGAUCAGAAGUUGACAUUUGGAGUAUGGGUGUUCUUCUAUAUGCUCUACUGUGUGGAUUUCUUCCAUUUGAUGAUAAUAGUAUAGAAAAUCUAUAUAAAAAAAUCCUUAGUGGAAAAUAUGACGAGCCAAGCUGGCUAUCUAGUAGCAGCAGGCGAUUAAUUCGUUCAAUGUUGCAAACGGAUCCGAACAAGAGAAUCACUAUUGAAGAACUGUGCAAUCAUCCAUGGAUAACGGCUGGAUUUUUAAAUCCUGUCACGUUUGUCAAAAAAAUCAAUUUUGAAAGGGAUACCGAGGUAUUGAAUACCAUGUCUGCUAUUUGCGGGGAGCAUACCGAUGAUAUUUGGGAGCGAUUGGCGAAGAGCGACAGAACUGAUUAUAGGACAGCAACAUAUUUGCUAUUGCUUGACAGAAAAAUACGAGGGCUUCCCUUUAAAAUAACAUCAGCAGCCAGGCCACGAUUUAAAAAUAGAGGGAAUCUAGAAUUGACUCCUAAAUACGAAGGAAUUAGUAACUUCAUCACAAAACUGGAUCAAUCUCCAAGGGGUAGAGUAAAUAAGAUGUCAUCAGAUUCUAAUGCUCCCUGUGGCGUAUUGGUGAAAACACCAGAGAACCCUAAAAGUGUAACAACUCAGUUUACGGAACCCCAUGGUCCAGCGCGGAAAAGAUUAAGAGUGAAAGAUGCAGAUGACGUUUCUUCGCCAAUACCCACAAAGAAGCAGGUGGAAAAGGACAGGCUUACUGCAACCCCUACACCAAUUACACAGUCAGAUACCACAAAUCAACAAUCAUUAACACCAGGUAGUGCCCGUAAAGUAAUGAUGGGCCUCGAGCGCAGUUUGAAUCGAGUGAGACACGUUUUGACGCCAAAGCGACGUGGAAAAAGUGAAAAUUAUGAUCCAGAUCAGCCAAACACGCUCUCAGGAAAAGGUCUUUGCAAUGUCUCGUCCACGUCAAACGAUUGUCCAAAAUAUGUUUUAUCGCAAUUGCGUCGUGCCCUUCAUCGGAAAGGAAUUAUUUGCCGUCAAAAAGGGUUUAUUCUUCAUGGCGAAACGGAACUAAUAAUGUCCGGAAACAGUAAGGAAUACGCCAGACCUUUCUCUUCGCGAAACACCUGUUCGUUUGAGUUAGAGGUGUGUCUCAUGGAGGGCGUGUCCGACACGAAACCUUUAGUUGGAAUCCGUAGAAAGAGACUCAAAGGAGAUGCUUGGGUUUAUAAACGCGUUUGCGAGGAAGUUCUUGCACUGGCUGCUGAAGACGUACCAACAGAGGAAACUGCGGGAUCAAAAUGCCUCAUCUGAUCGAUCGGUUAAAUAUUUUUCAACUGUAAAUGUAUAUAUAUAUAUAAUAAUGGUAUAUUGGAUAGAAAAGCAUUGAUAGGGAUAAUUUAUAAGUUAGAACAGUAUGAUCUUUCUUCGUUUUCUAAUGCAACAUUCAAAUUUGACAUCUGUUUGUGCUUAUUCAAUGCCAGUAAAUUAUCGACCGCAAAAUGCUUGGUGGAACGUUGAUACGAUGGCGCCACUGUCGAUAAUUAUCAUUCGUAGCUAAUAACUUGUCAGUGUGUGGUUACAAUACUCAUGUUACUAUUGAUAUUAUAUUUUGCAAUUUUUGCCACUCAUAAUAUGAAACGGGUUUUUCGAAAUAUGUUGCAAAUUUUUUUUUGCUAGGCAGUAAAGUAGUUCCGUCCUCGAUGAUCUUAGUUUACGAUAUUAUGCAAGAACGUGAUCAUCUUUUCACAGUGAAUAGCACAAAAAGUAACAAUAUUAGUGAUAAAUCAUUAGCUGAUUCAUUCGCAUCACUCGAACUCGAGGGAUCAAAUCGCGAAAAACGGUUGAAAAUUUCGCAACAUUAGCUUUAAGAUGCUGGAUAUUUUCGCCAGAAUAAACAUUCGAUUUUAGAUUAUUUAUUAGUAAAUACGUAAUGUUACUAUUUUAAGUCACUUUACUGAUAUUACACUUUUAGAGAAACACAUGUUACAGAACGUCUGUCACUGUGUCGUAAUACGCGUUUGUCUUUUUUUUUUUAUAAGGAGUUUGCUAACCGGUACAAGAAAUCGAGCGUUAUUUUUUAAGUGUAAAACACGUUCAUUUCGUAUGCAUUGGUGGCACAGUGCUGAUUAGAGAUUGGCUAUAAAAUUAAACCACCAUAUUAAAUUGUAUAGCUUGAAAGCAAUCAUAAUAUAACUGAAAACAUAUAAAUGUAAACUUUCAACUAAAGAUGUUCCUUGUGCCGGAGGGAUAUUUCAUUUGUAAAAAUUAUAAAUAUAAGAAUUCAUUGCAGCAGAAUUAUUUCUUACAGAUAAUAAUUUCUUCAUACAAGA